CUGCCACACAACCUUCUCAGCAAACCAUCGCAACUCCAGUUCCCUAUGACAGAAACCAUGAUUACCGUCCACAAACUCAAAACAACCACAUUCCAAACUUCCAGAGAAACACUGCUCAAACUUCGGCGCCACAGCAUGGGUGGCAGAAUCCCCCAACAGCCCCAAUACCGCCGAAUCAUAGUCCAGGCCGUGGAGAGGGAAUGGAAAUCCGGGAUUACUUUUCUCCAAACACGACCAGCACUCUCGAUCCAGAAUUCAAAAUCCAACAAGUUGGAUUUUUUACGGUUGGCCGGAUGUUCGCUACCUUAUUUACGGAGGCAUACGGCUCCACGGCAACAUCCUACAAUGACUCUGUGUCGUUUGUGAAAUUUGGCGAGCAGGUGUAUACGCAGAUUAGGCGCUUCAUCGUUGUGCGAGCUCCUCGCCGUAAUGGUCAUUGCUAUGCGUGUCCAGUGUUCACCUAUGAAGGCCGUGCAACUACCAAAAGGGGCGUUGAUCCAUAUGAGCAUGCAAUUGCAUAUUCGGUUGGCAAUACCGCGUUACGGCUGCCGGGGGAAAGAGUUGACAAGACCAUUGGAGUGAUAAUGAAGGAUGGGGAGCCUGCACUAACCGACACGUCCCGUCUCAGAUUCGGAAUAUACCACCCCAUUCAACUGAAUGUCAAAGUCAAGGACUUAGGUAUGGUCCAGCCAGAGGACAUGCAGAAUCUUGUCGCCUGGUGGCGAGAAGAGCAAGGUCCAAUCUCCUGAUUGUUUCGAAUUUGGCCACGCGCGCUACCAUACGUGAGAUUUACCCUUCGACGAUCGACACUUCCUGUCCCUAACUCUGUCUAUCUUCCCCUUC